CUUAUACCUGAUGUCAAGUGCAGUAUUAAGUAUCAUGCUUCUAUAACUAUUGUUUUAAAUAUUUUUGUGUUGAAAUAUUGUCGUUUGGGUGUCUGUUUUGUACUGCAGGAGUACCCGAAAUAAUUAUACUGGUCGUGUACAGCUAUACAACUACAGGCAGUUGAUUCUAUUCCUGGAAAGCGUUGGAUUCGUGUUUACAUGGUACGUUGAUUAGAAUGAUUUAGAGGUGGGUUACUGGGGGUGUGAGUAAUUAUGUUUCAGCCAGGCUUGGAUAGAGAACGCGUUUAGUCAACGUUUAAAGGUCCGCUUAAAAUACACAUGCUCUGGUAGUUUCUAAUUGGAUCGUUAUAGAUGUUGUAUACUUUCUGCUAAAUCCGUUUUUGGGAGACAUUAAGAUGAAAAAGGUCGUAUUUUUAAAGAGAGGGAGAGAGGUAGUAUGCUUUGGAUAAAGGUAACAAUUUUAUAUGAAGGAUGAUUAUUGUAAACAUUGAAUAUAAUUGGGGAAAAUUGAGAAACUGGUGCAACUUGUUGUAUUAUGAGCUACAGGCCUGGUGCUGUGUCUAUCCCUUUAAUACAAUAGAUGAGACAUUUGUAUGGCACUUUUGAUAAUGGAAAACGUGUUCGUGCUGUAUGUUUUGCAUUCGAUAACAGGAAAUGGUUCCGCAAUUUCAGUAAUUUAAAGUACUUGCGGUAUAAUGAUAAGCAUAAUACAAUAUAAAUUUGCAUUUCAUCUGGCUACUGAAGGAAAUACUUGUUUGACAAUGGAACAGAUCAUUGCUAAGAAAGGAAGAAACGAGCAGUUAACACGAUAGUUGUAACAAAUUUUUGUUCCAUCAGUUUUGCGGCAGGUAAAAAUCAAAAUAUAAUCAUUGAAGUCAAAUGUUUUUCAGAUUCAAAGUUAUAAAUUUAAUAUAAUUGUUUUACGGAUUCAUUACGCACAUAAAGUUCGCAUGCAAUCUAUUGAUCCAAAAAUAUUCCAAAUAUAUAGAAUGAUAGUAAUAAAUAUAAGUACAAUAUAUAUUUUAUUAUAAAGUAAGGGUAUUCAGAUUGAAGGACAAAUUACACGUGAAUGUGAAAAAAAUGAUCAGUAAGUGUUUUUUGAAUUGUGGAAAUUAUAAAUAUAUUACAGAAAGUAAUAUUAAAUGAUCCAGAAAAGCAUUUUCCAAAUGGAAGGAUAAAAUGAAUUACUAUUUUACCUUGAUUAACAACGUUUUUUCAUGGAUAAAUAAAUGAGAAAAUAAUUCAGUAUGUAUUAUUUUCAAUUGAACGUUCAACAAAUCUGUAUAUUGUGAAAAUUAUGUAUGACAAUUAGACUAUUUAGAACUGUUAUAUUUCAAAGUAAUCUCAGUGCCAGUGAAAUUGAUUUAUUGAAACUAUAUAUGAAUGUGAGUCUUUAUAUUCUGCUUCAUUUUUUUUUUAAACAUACUAAAGCAUACUAAAUCUUAUAAAAAGAAUUUGAUUACAAGUUCAUUUAUAUGAACAUUGAAACAUGAAGUAAAACAACUAUGGUAUCUUGUAAUCUUCACUAUUUCGUCUAAUUUGAUGUCUUGGUUGUAUGCAAUUUCAUGCACCAUUGAAUAAACAGCUUUCUGUAUUUUCUAAUGAAGAAGAAUAAAAUUAUUUUAAUAUGAAUGAAGAAAUGACUUCGAAACAGAUUUGAAAUUAAUAACUUAAUUACAAUCAUCUAUGCAUUACAACAGUUGAAGAUUUUGGAUAUGAAGAUAUACAACAGAUGUAAAAUUUAUAUAAUAUGCUUCAGAUAUACAUUUUUGGAAUAUACUUACUAUAUACUUAUUAGUAAAAUGUAAAUAUUUUUGUAGAAAAGAGUAUAAAAUUCGACAUGAUUUCUUUCAUGGCAAACAGAAAAUUGUAACAUUUAUUGCCAAAAUUUUACAAAAGUUGCAUUUUUUUAAAGCGAAAUAUCACUCAUAAAUAGCAAGAUCAAUUUGGCAUAUGGAAAAGGAUCGGUAUUAGAAUGCAACUUUUAAAGAUUAUCUAUUACUUGGACAGUAUAAGAGAUAACUAUAUAUAGACUAGAGGAACAUCACAGAAGAGAAGGAAAUAUUUAAUAUCGUGUUCAUUCAAGGAUCAAAUGUCAAUGAUUGUAACAAAUAAUUGGGACGAUUUAAUUGGGAUAACAACUUAAUGUCCGGAAAAUGUGGGAACAUUGUGAUGAAUCAUAAUGUAUAUUCAUGAAAUUUCAAAACAGUUAUCUUGAUUUUGUAAGAUUUGAAAAAGACCAGCUAUUAAUCUGAAAUUUAAAGAAAACCAACAACGCAGUACUAAUCUAAAAAAGCUACCAACGUGAGAUUUCAUGCUAUUCAGAAGAGGCUACCAAUGCAGGAUUUCAUAUUACCCAGAGGAGGCUACCAACGUGGGACUUCGUGCUAUCCAGAGGAGGCUACCAAUGUGGGACUUCGUGCUAUCCAGAGGAGGCUACCAAUGUGGGACUUCGUGCUAUCCAGAGGAGGCUACCAAUGUGGGACUUCGUGCUAUCCAGAGGAGGCUACCAAUGUGGGACUUCGUGCUAUCCAGAGGAGGCUACCAAUGUGGGACUUCGUGCUAUCCAGAGGAGGCUACCAACGUGGGACUUCGUGCUAUCCAGAGGAGGCUACCAAUGUGGAACUUCGUGUUAUCCAGAGGAGGCUACCAACGUGGAACUUCGUGCUAUUCAGAGGAGGCUACCAACGUGGGACUUCGUGCUAUCCAGAGGAGGCUACCAACGUGGGACUUCGUGCGAUCCAGAAGAGGGUGCCAGCGUGGGACUUCGUGCUAUCCAGAGGAGGCUACCAAUGUGGGACUUCGUGCUAUCCAGAGGAGGCUACCAAUGUGGGACUUCGUGCUAUCCAGAGGAGGCUACCAAUGUGGGACUUCGUGCUAUCCAGAGGAGGCUACCAACGUGGGACUUCGUGCGAUCCAGAAGAGGGUGCCAGCGUAGGACUUUGUAGGAUUAUCAGGAGACUACCGACGCGGGACUUUGUGGGACCACCAGGAGACUACCGACGCGGAAUUUCGUGGGGUUCAAAGGAGGUUACAAAUGUAGGAUUUUGUGAAGAUGCAUUGGCGCCAGGCACAUAAAUAUACUUUAUGCGACUCACGGACAUUUAAUUCAGCACAAUAUGCGUACAUAUAAACAAAAUAACAAACCAACAGUAUCAUGUCACUAUAAAGGGUACCGAUACCUUUUUUUUACAAUUUAGCAAAGCAAACAAAU